AUGUCGCAGGCUCUGAUUGUCCUCACAAUCCUCGUUGUUCUCUCUUCAAAGUCACAGAUUAUGAUGGGCAAUGCACAAGAGGAUUCUGAGUGUCACCGUACUCUGUCUUGUCGCACUAAACUGCUAACAGUCAUGGGCUCACAACCAGGCCGCUCAAUCAUCAAAGCACAAGAUCCUAUACGACCAAAGGGACAUCCAAAGUGUCAAAUCCACAAACAAAAUGACGUGGUAAUAUCAUGUCAGGAAUGUAGGAUGCUGAUCUGUAUAACGUGUUCUAUAAGUACACAUAAACAACACAUAGAUAGCUUUCAGGAACUAAAAAAGAUUGAAACAGAACAAAAACAAAUACUUCAGGACUUUUUGAAUGAAACAGACAACGUAAAGAUUCCAAAACUAAACCAAGAGAUUGUUUCAUCUCGAACAAAAAUGUCAUCUUGUAAACCUAUGCUUGAUAAACUUCGAAAAGACAUUAUUGAUAAUAAAAACCAAUGCAAGAAUCAAUUAGAUAAGCUUGCCGAUGAUUACAUCUCUAUCUGUGACAAGAUGGAGGUGGCGGCCAUGGACCUCAUCCAGACCCAUAUCACAGACCUGGAGAGGAGGUUGGAUACUUUGAAGAAACUCUCACCAGAUUAUAAACAGGCUCUCCAGACAGGAACUGGAGUACUUGUGUACGACUCGGUAUCAGAAAUCCGAGAAAUGGAUACAGACAUCCCACCGACACCUGAUAUACAGACAGACUUUACUCCAGGUAUGGACAGACAAGGUCAUCUUAAACAGGCCCUCGGAAACAUGAAACUCCCAACUGACAAUCUCCAGCCAGGGGCAACAACUAGUGAUCAUUCCGCCCAAAAUCCAGUAGUCCAACCAAAACUGUCAACUGAGGCUGGUCAAGCGUCCACUAGAGCAGUCCGGUUCAAACUUUGUGAUCGUCCGACCGUUAUGUCCCAAUUCUCAUACCGGGAUCUCAUCACAUCAAUAUGUCCUACAUCUGAUGGACGUGCAUGGCUGAGUGUCUAUACCUCAAACACAGUGAAGCUCAUGAACAAAAAAGGUCAGGUUAUACAGACGAUACAAUACAAGGGUAAUAUCUUGGACAUCAGUGUGGACCCUACCACAGGUCAUCUGUGGUUCUGCUGUAAGAUUGAGCGGACAAUCUGUGAAGUAUCUACAUCACUCACACCAGUCAUACGGUUCAUUAUAGAUGGAUACCCAAACAGUCUGUGUGUGACCAGGAAGGGUCGGGUAUUGGUGGGUACACAAAGUAACAAGGUGUUGAUGUACACUGUAGACGGUCAGGUGUUACAUACUCACAUUGUGGAAAGGUCAGAGACGGGAGCAGUACAGUCCAUCACACAAUGUGGUAAUACAGGUAACAUAGCUAUAGUGAGUGGGCAACUGAUCCGGUGGGACGCCAGUAAUCCAUACAGCUUCAGGCGUCACAUCAUUGUGUACAACCCAACAUUCCAGCCCCUUGUCUAUUACCGGGGAGAGGGGAUACAGGCACAGGUGCCGGUCACACCAGACAACUUUGAUCCCUGGACAGUGGUAUAUGACAGUAAGGGUAAUAUUGUCAUUGCUGACAGGACAAGGAGAGCAAUAGAACUGAUAAGUGGAGAAGGGAAGUAUAUAAAAACACUUCACACAAGCAAGGGAAACCAGGGACCAAUAGGUAUACAGAAGGGUGAUGUGUUGUGGGCAAACUUAGAGUUAAAUGCAUGCAAACUUCUCAAGUAUUAUAGUGACUGAGUGACUCAACCUUAAGUGAGGAUAAAGCCAAUUUAUAUCUAAGUAGACUUAAAUAACAUUGAUUUUGUAUUUUGAGAUCAUCAUCCUUUUAUCACUAUGCAUGUAGAGCAUAAAGACAAUUUAUAUUAGUGGACUUAGAUAACAUUAAUUUUGUAUUUUGAGAUCAUCAUCCUUUUAUCACUAUGCAUGUUGAGCAUAAAGACAAUUUAUAUCUAAGUGAACUUAGAUAACAUUAAUUUUGUAUUUUGAGAUCAUCAUCCUUUUAUCACUAUGCAUGUUGAGCAUAAAGACAAUUUAUAUUAGUGGACUUAAAUAACAUUUAUUUUGUAAUCACUAUGCAUGUGCACAUUUCAAAAGACAUAUAAUGUUAAACUAUUCUUUCGGUAAAAAUCCCAUAUGAACGGUCUAUAUAAUUUUAUCAUUUGUAUUGCUUUUACCAAAACAGUUAAUAUGUAUUGUAGCUUCUACAUGAGAUUACAAGUGGUACCAGUAUGAUAUAUAGUGUAAGUAUGUCAU